CACUUCCUCUUUGACUCUUCAGCCUGCCAUUAAUCAGCUCAUUCACUGUGUACAUCUCACGUGUUCAUCAACUGCAAGGGGUUUCUUUUCUUGCCCACCUGCUUGUUGUUUUUUUUAAUCUAUUGUCAGACUGAACUUCUUUAAAGAGCGUCACACUGCUGAGAUGCUUUCAAGUGGAAAAACCAGAGCAGUCAUAUCCAUACUGUGCAUCGCAGCCGUUGGGCUGUUCUCUAGAUUUUCAUGGAAUUUAUCUGGAUUUUCCAUCAGCCAUCACAACGCAACUCUUUGUGCCUGUCGCAAAUGUUUACCAGAAACUGAUCCAUGGUUAAGGGAUCUUCUCAAGGCAGCCCCUCCAACCUUUCUGUCACGAAACUAUACACCCUCAGUGGUGGAUUUAAAAUGGCUGCAGCGCUUAAGGUCGGAUGGACACAACAUCAAUUUCUACAAAACAACAGUGGACAACCUGUUUAAAAUCUUCCCAUCCAUUCCAGAUGUUGUAAAACCCAGCCCUGUCCGCUGCAGGACUUGUGCUGUGGUGGGGAACUCUGGGAAUUUGAAAGGAUCCCAGUAUGGACCUCGCAUAGAUAUGCACGAUAUUGUAAUAAGAAUGAACCAUGGCACUACUAAAGGCUACGAAACAGAUGUUGGGACCAAAACAACUCAUCAUGUGAUGUAUCCAGAGAGUGCUGUUAAUUUGGACAACACCACUCAUCUUGUGAUGUUUUCAUUCAAGAUGAGCGAUCUACUGUGGCUCCUCAAGAAAUUCGAUCCAGGGGACGACAGUUCUGUGAAGAAGAUAGCUAACAAGGAUCUGGUGUUGAUCCUCAAUCCAGCUUUCAUGAGAUAUGUUUAUGAAAUGUGGCUGGGAAAGAGGGGCAGCCAUCCAUCCACUGGAUUUCUCACUCUGGUUCUCAGCCUGCAGAUUUGUGAUGAGGUCAGCGUCUUUGGGUUUGGAGCAGAUAGAAAUGGAAACUGGAACCAUUACUUUGAAAUCCUCAGAAACCAAAACUGGAAAACUGGACCUCAUGCAGGAAUGCAUGAAUAUAAUAUUAUUCAGCAACUGUACCAGAAGAAGAAAAUUGUUUUCUUUAAAGGAUUUUAAAUGGUCGUGAAGGUGCUGACACCGGGCGAGAGGCGGGGCGCGCCAUCACAGGGCAGACACACCACCAUUCACACCUGCUUUCACACCUGUGGGUAACUCAGAGUCAACAGUUAACCUAAGAUGCAUGUUUCUGAAUUGUGGAGGGACGCUGACACGGGGAGAACAUGCAAACUACACAGAAGGACCCGAGUCAGUCAGCUCUUUUGACUUUGUGAUGUUUUUAUGUUUGAAAAUAUGAAAAAUUAAGUAAACAAAAAGACUUGUUAUACACAGCAGGUGUGACUGAUAACACUGAUAAUGGCUGUGUUCCAUUUGGGUGUGUCAGUAUGAUGACUCUGGUAUCACGUCCAACGACAUACUGGAUACACAGCUAUUGAGUUACUGCCAUCAGAUACACCUGCGUGUUUGGUUUGUUGCAGUGUCAAGUUUUCAUGAAGAAUACGGUGAAAUUAAAAUCAAGGUUUCCUGACACUGAUGGCGACAUGCCCUGACUGUGUAAACCAGACCUCUGAUAAUGCACUAAUGGGACCGGUUUUGUUGGUGUAGCAAGGUGUGUGCACAGCGCUUCUUCAUGAGACACUGAAAUACUUCUUUUAGAGAGGGAACAUGUGACAUCGCUGGCUUCAUCAACUUAGGGAAAUGAUGCUCUGAAUAUAUGCUUUCCUCAGACGUGACAGGACAUCUACAGACAGUACCAUGCACCUGCAGGAUAGUUGGCACCUGAGGCCUGGUGGUUUUUAAAAGGCAUUUUGCUGUUGCUGCCUACUUUAUAAUGUCUGAUGGACACAUGCAAUGGACGUUGAGGUGGAGCCAUCAGAUCAUUCCAAGCGUGGUUUCAGUGUGUGCGCAUGCAUGGGGUGGUGUUCUGUAGAUUCCUGUGACAAUGUUGACUUGAACGUUGAAUAAUUUGGAGACUGUUUGGUGGACGUGGGGAGAGUUAAAUCACAAAGUUAAUUUAUUUAUCCAUGAAGUUAACAUGAAUGAAGGUUGAAAAUACAAGGAUGAGGUGCUGGGCUGGUUAUUACUGUGAUUGUAUGGGGUUUUUUUUCACUUUGUUUGCCACUUAUGCCAAACUGUAGCAGUGCUAAAUCUCAGGCACAGUGUUUUCUGAACAAAUGUAUUUAUGUUUUAUGUUGCCAUCUCCCCUUUGGAGACAAUAAAAAUUUAUCUAAAAAUCCAUAA